UCUACUUUGCAAGAGACGAAAUAACAUUUGUUCUUCUCGCAUGCAGGCGGCGACGCGGAACACUUGACGUUAACCCGUUAGCGGCGAGACACGGGAGCUGCCACGAAUAGAUCCAGUAUCCACGACCCUGGUCGGCCGACCGGGAUAGGACCUCGUGUUCCUCUGGCAGUGGACUCUAUCUUUUCCCCCCUCUUAUUUUACUCUCUGGGCUGGCUCUAACUCUUGUGUUUUGCGGCUGUUAAUUACAUGAAGUGGAAUUUGGUGCUUGCUACGAACUGAAGACGGGACUAAGCGCAGAGGUUCGGAGAAGGAGAGAAAUGCCAACGGCGGUGACAAAGAGGAGAUUCAGUGUUAGUCUUUGAUCCGUCAGAGUGGGACGCGUCUAGCAGGGGACUGAGGAGGGAGCAGUGCCAACUUGGAACAUGGUGCCUAAUAUUCACCUGGCAGUGCCCCUCCUGCCCAGAGGGGCGUUGCUGUUCCUGCUUCUACUCAGCUGCAUGGUGUUCUCCUCUCUGGCAGACAGCUUGCCAAGCUUCGUAAAAUCCCCAGAGGACCAGACGGGCAUCUCGGGAGGAGUCGCGUCGUUUGUGUGCCAGGCCACCGGGGAGCCCAAACCCAGAAUCACCUGGAUGAAGAAAGGCAAGAAAGUCAGCUCCCAGCGCUUCGAGGUGAUUGAGUUUGAUGAUGGCUCGGGCUCCGUACUGCGGAUCCAGCCACUGCGCACACACAGAGACGAAGCCAUUUACGAGUGCACGGCCACCAACAGUGCUGGCGAGAUCAACACCAGUGCCAAGCUCACAGUGCUUGAAGAGAACCAGAUCCCCCAUGGCUUCCCCACCAUCGAUAUGGGUCCCCAGCUGAAGGUGGUUGAAAAGACCAGAACUGCCACCAUGCUGUGUGCCGCCAGCGGAAACCCGGACCCCGAGAUCUCCUGGUUCAAGGACAUGCUUCCUGUGGACAUCAGCAGCAGCAACGGGCGCAUUAAACAGCUCCGUUCAGGAGCUCUGCAGAUUGAGAACAGCGAGGAGUCCGACCAAGGGAAAUACGAGUGUGUUGCCAUGAACAGCGCUGGGACCCGUUACUCUUCUCCUGCCAAUCUCUACGUACGAGUGCGAAGAGUCCCACCCAGGUUCUCCAUUCCCCCCACCAACCAAGAGGUGAUGCCAGGCGGCAGCGUCAACCUGACCUGUGUGGCAGUGGGCUCACCAAUGCCCUACGUCAAGUGGACGAUGGGCUUGGUGGAGCUGACCAAGGAGGAGGAGAUGCCAAUGGGACGCAACGUGCUGGAGGUCACCAACAUCCGUGAGUCUGUGAACUACACCUGCGUGGCCAUCUCGUCUCUGGGCAUGAUAGAAGCCACCGCUCAGGUCACUGUCAAAGCCUUGCCAAAGCCCCCCACCUCUCUCAUUGUGACUGAGACCACAGCCACCAGUGUGACUCUCACCUGGGACUCUGGAAACCCAGAACCGGUCUCCUACUAUAUGAUCCAGUACAGAGCCAAGUCUUCAGAUAAUGGCUUCCAGGAAGUUGAAGGGGUGGCAACUACUCGUUACAGCAUUGGUGGACUUAGCCCCUACUCUGAGUACGAGUUUCGUGUCAUGGCUGUCAACAACAUUGGCCGUGGGCCGCCUAGUGACCCUGUGGAGACGCGCACCGGUGAACAGGCCCCCUCCUCGCCACCUCUGCACGUCCAAGCGCGCAUGCUGAGUGCCAGCACAAUGCUGGUCCAGUGGGAGCCGCCCGAGGAACCCAACGGGCAAAUCAGGGGCUAUCGGGUCUACUACAGCUCGGACCUGACGGCUCCGCUCAGCGCCUGGCAGAAACACAACACAGACGACAGCAGCCUGACUACCAUCUCGAGCCUGACUCCUGAUAUCACCUACAGCCUCAGGGUGCUAGGCUUCACCUCUGUAGGUGACGGGCCACCUUCUGACAUCCUGCAAGUCAAAACCCAGCAGGGAGUCCCUGCCCAGCCGUCCAGCUUUGAGGCCGAAGCUGAACUGGACAGCCGCAUCUUGCUAACAUGGCUGUGGCCCGUACAGGACCCCAUCACAAAGUAUGAGCUGCAGUACUGGGAGGCCAGCUCCGAAAACAAGAUUCAUGUGACCUUCAACCCAGCAGGCUCCUAUGCUGUGGACGGUCUAAAGCCUGACACCUUGUACCGUUUCUCGCUGGCAGCCCGUUCUGAGAUGGGUUUAGGUGUCUACACCCAGCCCAUCGAGGCUCGCACCGCCCAGUCCACCCCAUCCGCCCCCCCUCAGGAGGUACAUCUGGUCAGCCUGAGCUCCACCAGCCUCAAGGUGAGUUGGGUGGCACCGCCCGCCGCUAGCCGACACGGCGCCAUUGUGCGCUACACAGUCAGCUACCAGGCCCUGGCCGGAGAGGACACGGAGCGACAUGAGGUGACGGGCAUCGGCGCAGACGCCACUAGCUAUGUGCUGGAGGGCCUGGAGAAGUGGACUGAGUAUCAGGUGUGGGUGAGGGCGCACACUGACGUGGGCCCGGGCCCUGAGAGUGCCCCAGUGAGGAUGAGAACCAAAGAGGAUGUGCCAGGAGCACCCCCCAGGAAGCUGGAGGUUGAGGCCAUAAACUCCACAGCGAUCCGGGUCACCUGGAAGCCGCCCCUGCAGGGGAAGCAGCACGGCCAAAUUCGAGGCUACCAAGUCAUCUUUUCUCGGCUUGAAAACGGCGAACCGCGAGGCCAGCCUAACAUCAUGGACGUUGCUUUGCCAGAGGCACAGUGGAAUAUUGAGGAGUCCACCGAGCAUGAGGCCAUCAUUGGUGGACUGCAGUCUGAAACCACCUACUCUGUGACGGUGGCAGCGUACACGACCAAGGGAGACGGAGCCCGUAGCAAAGCUAAAGUCAUCACCACGACUGGAGCAGUGCCAGGCAAGCCCACUAUGAUGAUCAGCACCACCAUGGGCAACACAGCUCUGAUUCAGUGGCAGCCACCUAAGGAAAUGGUGGGUGAGCUGAUGGGCUAUCAGCUGCAGUACAAGCGCACAGAUGAGGAAACCUACACCUCACGCGAGCUGAAAAAGACGGACGACCAUUACACUGUCACUGGGUUGCACAAGGGCGCCACCUACGUGUUUCGCCUCAGCGCCCGCAAUCGUGCCGGCAUUGGCGAUGCCUACGUGAAGGAGAUCAGUACCCCUGAAGACGUGCCCUCGGGCUUCCCGUUCAAUCUGCAAGUCACAGGACUGACCCAGUCCAGCACCCAGCUGACCUGGGAGCCCCCGCUGGUGGCUGAAAGGAACGGCAAGAUCAUACACUACAUGGUUGUGUACAGGGACAUCAACAGCCAACAGAACAGCACCAACCGUACAGCCGACACGCACAUGACUAUCCAGGGCCUCAAUCCUGACACCACCUACGACAUCCGUGUGCAGGCGUUCACCAGUAAGGGCGGAGGGCCACUCAGCCCCAGCAUUCAGAGCAGGACCAUGUCGAAUGAUUUUCCCACCUUAAACUUUGGCGUCAAAGCUGUCAUGAAAACAUCUGUGCUCCUCACCUGGGAUUUGCCACCAAACUACAAACCCCAAGUGCCUUUCAAGAUCUUGUACAACCAGCAAAGCGUGGAAGUGCAGGGAAACCUGAAGAGGAGGCUGAUCACGCAGCUGCAGCCAGACACAGACUACUCUUUUGUGCUGACAAGCCGGGGCAACAUUGCUGGGGGUCUGCAGCAGCAGGUGUCCAUCCGCACUGCCCCUGACCUGAUCAAGACCAAGCCCAGCACACAUCAGGCUCAGGGUGGCAAGAUGACAAUCAACCUGCCGAAGGUUCAGACCACCACACGUGUCAGGUGGUACUACAUCGUGGUGGUGCCGGUGUCCCAGUCAACGCGGCGGUGGAAGAAUCCAGACGAGAUGGACCUGGACGAGCUGCUCAAGUCAAGCGAAGGCCCUGUCCUGAGGCGCAGACGUCACCUGGAUUCCUCCAAGCCUUACAUUGCUGCCAAGUUGGCCUCACUGCCGACGACCUUCACCCUGGGUGAUGAGAAGAGGUACAACGGCUUCUACAACAAGCCCCUGACCAGCCCGCAGGAGUACCUCUGCUUUGUCCUGGCCGUACUCCGAUACGAAGGGGCAGACACCACUGCUAAUUAUAUGACAUUUUCAGCCAGUCCCUACUCCGACCCAAUCCAGGUCUCCACAAGUAUGUCUCAGGGGAUGGAGCAGCCCGAAAUGUUGUGGGUUAUGGGCCCAGUGUUGGCUGUGGUCCUCAUCAUCAUCAUCGUCAUCGCCAUCCUGCUCUUCAAGAAGAAGCGGGCAUCACCUCUACCCAAAGACGAGCACUCAGGUGGGGUGAAAGACUCCCUGCUGGCCAACUCCUCUGAUCCUGUGGAGAUGAGAAGACUUAACUACCAGACCCCAGGGAUGAGGGAGCACCCGCCUAUUCCUGUCAUUGACCUGGCUGACCACAUAGAGCGACUGAAGGCCAAUGACGGCCUCCGCUUUUCCCAGGAGUAUGAGUCCAUUGAUCCAGGCCAGCAGUUUACCUGGGAGAACUCCAACAUGGAAGUCAACAAGCCAAAGAAUCGCUAUGCAAACGUCAUUGCCUAUGACCACUCCAGAGUGGUGCUCACCUCUGUUGAUGCUGUUCCUGGCAGUGACUACAUCAAUGCCAACUACAUCGACGGCUACAGGAAGCAGAACGCCUACAUCGCCACACAGGGGCCACUGCCAGAGACACUGAGCGACUUCUGGAGAAUGGUGUGGGAGCAAAGAUCCAACACCAUCGUCAUGAUGACCAGACUGGAGGAGAAGUCACGGGUGAAGUGUGACCAGUACUGGCCGUCACGAGGAACAGAGACCUAUGGGAUGAUCCAGGUCACCAUGCUGGACACUGUGGAGUUAGCCACUUACAGCGUCCGUACUUUCGCCCUCUACAAGAAUGGCUCCAGUGAGAAGAGAGAGGUGAGACAGUUCCAGUUCAUGGCCUGGCCUGACCACGGGGUGCCGGAGUACCCCACCCCCAUCCUGGCCUUCCUACGGCGAGUAAAGGCCUGCAAUCCUCCAGAUGCGGGGCCCAUGGUGGUCCACUGCAGUGCGGGCGUAGGCAGGACCGGCUGCUUUAUCGUGAUCGAUGCCAUGCUGGAGCGCAUGAAGCACGAGAAGUCUGUGGACAUCUACGGCCACGUGACGUGCAUGCGCGCCCAGAGGAACUACAUGGUCCAGACCGAAGACCAGUACAUCUUCAUCCACGAAGCCCUGCUGGAGGCCGCCACCUGCGGCAACACUGAGGUGCCGGCACGCAACCUGUACGCCCACAUCCAGAAACUCACCCAGCCCCCGCCCGGCGAGACGGUUACAGCUAUGGAGCUGGAGUUCAAGAGACUGGCCAACUCCAAAGCCCACACGUCACGCUUCAUCAGCGCCAACUUGCCCUGCAACAAGUUCAAGAACCGCCUGGUCAACAUCAUGCCUUUUGAGUCCACCCGCGUCUGCCUGCAGCCCAUCCGUGGCGUCGAGGGCUCUGACUACAUCAAUGCCAGCUGCAUUGACGGCUACAGACAGCAGAAGGCCUACCUGGCCACACAGGGACCUCUGGCAGAGACCACCGAGGACUUUUGGAGGAUGCUGUGGGAACACAACUCCACCAUCGUCGUCAUGCUCACCAAGCUACGAGAGAUGGGCCGGGAGAAGUGCCAUCAGUACUGGCCAGCGGAGCGUUCAGCCAGGUACCAGUACUUUGUGGUGGAUCCAAUGGCUGAGUACAACAUGCCCCAGUACAUCCUCAGAGAGUUCAAAGUCACAGAUGCCAGGGACGGCCAGUCCAGAACAAUCCGCCAGUUCCAGUUCACUGACUGGCCCGAGCAAGGAGUGCCAAAAACUGGAGAAGGCUUCAUUGAUUUCAUCGGACAAGUGCACAAAACCAAGGAGCAGUUCGGACAGGAUGGACCAAUCACUGUACACUGCAGUGCCGGGGUGGGCAGGACCGGAGUCUUCAUCACCCUCAGCAUCGUGCUGGAGAGGAUGAGGUACGAAGGAGUGGUCGACCUCUUCCAGACAGUGAAGACGCUUCGCACCCAGCGGCCUGCCAUGGUGCAGACCGAGGACCAGUACCAGUUGUGCUACAGGGCAGCAUUGGAGUACCUGGGGAGCUUUGACCACUAUGCAACAUAACCACUCCCGCCGAGCAGCCUCCCUGGUCAGACCUCUCAGGAGUGUGCCAAGUGUCCCAUCUCAGCCACCAUCCACUCUCUUGACCCCCUAAAACCCGACCCCCCUCCCCGCAGCUACCGGGGGGGAGGAGAAAGGGACGCGCUUGCAGACCCGGCGACGGGUUGAACCAAUCACAGAGAUCCAUGCCGACUUAUCCAACCACAUGAGAUUUUGCUUUAAAAAUAAUAACAGGAACAUUACGA